GUGUUCCUAUAUAUACAUAUUUUGCAACAUUAAUCGAAGCAAAUAAACAACAAUUUAAAGUAUUAGUUUUUUUUACUUAUUUACAAGAUCAAUCAAGAUGAGCUCAAGUUCUUCCCAGAGGCUAGAAGGAAAGGUGGCGGUGAUUACAGGCGGAGCUAGCGGAAUGGGCGAGUCGAGUGCGAGGUUGUUCAUUAAACAUGGAGCCAAGGUUGUGAUUGCGGAUAUCCAAGAUGAUCUCGGGCACUCUCUCUGCAAGGAACUCGGCGGAGAUGAACUUUUAUCCUAUGUCCAUUGUGAUGUGACAAAUGAUUCCGAUGUCCAAAACGCAGUAGAUUUCGCUGUGUCAAAGUACGGAAAGCUCGAUAUCAUGUUCAGCAAUGCUGGAAUCGCAGGCAACGUAUAUCCAAGCAUUGUAGAAACCGAAAAUGAAGAUUUCAAAAGAGUAUUUGAUAUUAACGUGUUUGGCGCUUUCUUAGCCGCCAAACACGCCGCGAGGGUUAUGAUUCCUGCCAGGAAAGGAACUAUUCUCUUCACUUGUAGCUAUCUUUCAGUUUCUUGCUUUAAUGCUAUAACACCUUAUGUUGCAUCAAAACAUGCUAUUCUUGGCUUGACCAAGAAUCUUGCUGUGGAAUUAGGGCAACAUGGAAUCCGAGUCAACUGCGUUUCGCCAUUCGUGGUAAUAACGCCGAUGAUGAGGAAAGCUAUGGGCGUGCCUGAGAUCGAGAAGGAGAGACUUCAAGAACUGGUUUCGACAUCCGCGAAUCUGAAGAAUGUUAUGCUGGAUGCUGAAGAUAUAGCUGAAUCUGCAGUUUAUUUGGUGAGUGAUGAGUCUAAGUAUGUGAGUGGGAUGAAUCUGGUUGUUGAUGGUGGCUUUACUCUCACCAAUCCUUCAUUUGAGACAGCAAUGAAAAACUUUCAUGCUUCUUGAGCUAGCUAGAGUGGAGUGGCAGUGUCAAGAAAUUAUGUAUGGGUAAUAAUUUGUGUGGUGUGUCUGAAAUAAUCAUGUGCAUUCUGCAACUUUGGAAGCAUUGCUUGGGUUUCAAUUCAAUUAUUUGGCUUGUUUUUAGCAAGUUUGAUUAAAUGAUCUUAUAGAUCAUUUGUAAUUUAUUGAUAUUUCUUAUCUACUUCUAUCUUUAUUGUGUCA